GCGCUUAAACAGACAAAAGAAAAUAAAAGACAGGUGAGACUUUUUUUCUCUGACUACGUCACUGAAAGGCGCCACCACCGAAAUAAACACGAGAAGAAGACAGUUGAUAAGAUUAGACAAAGGACUACUUCAGGGUGCCAUCAUGGUGCUGGCUGACCUGGGACGGAAGAUCACCUCGGCGCUGGAGUCACUCAGCAACGCCACCAUCAUCAAUGAAGAGGUGUUGAAUGCCAUGUUAAAGGAGGUGUGCGCUGCCCUCCUGGAGGCAGACGUCAACAUCAAGCUGGUCAAACAGCUGCGAGAGAACGUCAAGGCGGCUAUAGACCUGGAGGGGAUGGCAUCAGGACUGAACAAGAGAGGGAUGAUCCAUAAUGCCGUCGUCAUGGAGCUGGUGAAGCUGGUUGAUCCCGGCGUGGAGGCCUGGACUCCAACCGAAGGCAAGGACAAUGUCAUCAUGUUUGUUGGUCUGCAGGGCAGUGGCAAAACUACGACAUGCUCCAAGCUUGCUUAUUAUUACCAGAGGAACGGCUGGAAGACUUGCCUGAUCUGCGCUGACACCUUCAGAGCAGGUGCCUUCGAUCAGCUCAAACAAAACGCCACCAAAGCUCAGAUCCCCUUCUACGGCAGUUACACUGAGAUGGAUCCUGCUGUGAUCGCCGCUGAAGGCGUUGAGAAAUUCAAAGGCGAAAACUUUGAGAUCAUCAUCGUGGACACGAGUGGACGACACAAACAGGAGGAUUCGCUGUUUGAGGAGAUGCUGCAAGUCUCCAACGCAGUGCAACCAGAUAACGUUGUGUACGUGAUGGACGCAUCAAUCGGACAGGCCUGCGAGUCUCAGGCUAAAGCUUUCAAAGACAAAGUGGACGUAGCGUCAGUAAUUGUCACAAAACUAGAUGGACACGCUAAAGGAGGCGGAGCCCUGAGCGCCGUGGCGGCCACCAGGAGCCCCAUCAUCUUCAUCGGAACCGGCGAACACAUCGACGACUUUGAGCCAUUUGAGACGCAGCCUUUCAUCAGCAAGCUGCUGGGAAGGGGGGAUAUUGAAGGACUGAUCAAGAGAAUGAAAGAGCUAAAUCCGGAAGCUGGUAAAAACAAACUCAAACAUGGCCAGUUCACCCUCAGGGACAUGUAUAAGCAGUUCCAGAACAUAAUGGAAAUGGGACCCUUUGGUCAAAUAAUGGGUAUGAUUCCAGGUUUCGGUACAGAUUUCAUGAGUAAAGGAAAUGAGCAGGAAUCAAUGGCCAGACUGAAGAAACUCAUGACCAUCAUGGACAGCAUGAGCGACCAGGAACUAGACCAUAUAGACGGGGUCAAGCUGUUCUAUAAGCAGCCCAACAGGAUCCAGAAGGUGGCCCGUGGCUCUGGAGUUGCCACGAAAGAUGUUCAGGAAUUACUCACUCAGUACACCAGGUUUGCUCAGAUGGUGAAGAAGAUGGGAGGCAUCAAAGGACUCUUUAAAGGUGGAGACAUUUCCAAAAACGUGAACCCAUCUCAGACGGCUAAACUGUAUCAACAGAUGGCCAAAAUGAUGGAUCCUCAGGUCCUGCACAUUAUGGGAGGCAUGGCUGGUCUUCAGUCUACGAUGCGUCAGUUUCAGCAGGGAGCCGCUGGCAACAUGAAGGGCAUGAUGGGAUUUAACAACAUGUGACCGCCCACCAAGCUGAAGCUUUAAUACAAAAGAAAAAAA